GGCAUGCGCGGUCUGGAAGGCGGUGCUGCCAUCAGUUGCCCCCAGAGAGAGGGUUGUGCGCGUCGACGGGGCCCUGACGCCUGGAUUCGAGACAGGGAGUGUGGGAAGAGACGGCCAGGAGUGCGACCUGACCCUUGCGACCAGAGCAAUCCCCUGGGGACGGGAAGAAGGGGACAGACACCGGCCUCAGAAACCUGAUCUUGGUACUCCUGAUGAGACCCAUUGUGGUGGGCUCCCCAGGCCAUGCACCCCCAGAAAAUGAGCCCAUCCUGGUGAAACUGGAGGACUCUGAGGAGGAGGCGGGAAAAGAUACUCUGUGGGACCCAGGCCCUGAGGCUGCUCGGCUGCGCUUCCGGUGCUUCCGUUAUGAAGAAGCGAUAGGUCCUCGUGAAGCCCUGGCCCAGCUCCGAGAGCUGUGUCGCCAGUGGCUGCGCCCAGAGGUACACUCCAAGGACCAGAUGCUUGAACUCUUGGUGUUGGAGCAGUUCCUGGGCGCACUGCCUCCUGAGAUCCGGACCCGUGUACAAGGGCAGUGGCCAGGCAGCCCUGAAGAGGCUGCUGCCCUGGUUGACAGGCUUCGGUGGGAGCUGGAUGGACCUCGGAAAUGGGUCACAGUCCAGGUACAGGGCAAGGAGGUCCUGUCAGAGAAGAGGGAACCCUCCAGCUUCCAGCCUUUACCUCACAUCAAGCUUCAGACUCCCGAGCCUGGAGCUGAGACUCCCCCUGGGGCCGUGCAGGACUUGCCGCUGGACCUCCCCAUGAAAGAGGAGGCGACAGAAGUGAUGGAGAACCCAGAGCUCCUGGAGUCCGAGCCUCUUCCUGCUACCCAAGAGGCUUCAGCCACUCUCCUACCUAAGGAGGCCCAGGGCCAUGGGAAAACACUGGACCAGACCUCUCCUCACAACGACACUGAACCUAGUGUGUCCCCAUGGAGCGAGGACCCUGUGGCCCUGUGGCAUGAGGAAGUAGGGGGCAUCUUUUCACCAGGGUUUACGCUGCAAAUGGACAGCAUCACUACAGAGCCAGACACCGUGAGCCCCCACCUCCAUGUACCCUGGGAUCUGGACAUGUCUAGCCUCUCCGGACAGAUACAGUCUCCCACCCGAGAAGGUGGCUUCGCCCAUGCCCUCGUACUCCCCAGCGACCUGAGAGAUGAUGAAAAGGACCCUGUUUUCGAGGAUCCCUAUCCCGGUGAGGGCCCAGAACUGGUGGCAACUCGCUGGUAUGCCCCAAGGGGCCGGAGCCGGGGCCGCCCUAGUACAGGGACCGGAGCAACGCGAGGCGGCCACUGCGACGUUUGUGGCAAGGUGUUCAGCCAACGAAGCAAUCUGCUGCGGCACCAAAAGAUCCACACUGGCGAGCGACCGUUCGUGUGUGGCGAAUGUGGCCGCAGCUUCAGCCGCAGCUCUCACCUGCUGCGACACCAGCUCACGCAUACCGAGGAGCGACCUUUCGUGUGCUGCGACUGUGGCCAGGGCUUCGUGCGCAGCGCGCGCCUGGAGGAGCACCGGCGCGUGCACACGGGUGAGCAGCCAUUCCGCUGCACGGAGUGCGGCCAGAGCUUUCGGCAGCGUUCCAACCUACUGCAGCACCAGCGCAUCCACGGCGACCCGCCAGGUCCGAUGCCACCCACCCUGACCCUCUCCGGUGCCCCAGAGCCCCCGGGCCCCUUCCCGUGCAGCGAGUGUUGCGAGAGCUUCCCAAGGCGCGCCGUGCUGCUGGAGCAUCAGGCGGUGCACACUGGGGACAAGUCCUUCGGAUGCGUGGAGUGCGGCGAGCGCUUCGGCCACCGCUCGGUGCUGCUGCAGCACCGGCGCGUGCACAGCGGCGACCGGCCCUUUGCCUGUGCCGAGUGUGGCCAGAGCUUCCGCCAGCGCUCCAACCUCACACAACACCGGCGCAUCCACACCGGCGAGCGGCCCUUCGUCUGCGCCGAGUGUGGCAAGGCCUUCCGCCAGCGGCCCACGCUCACGCAGCACCUGCGCGUGCACACGGGUGAGAAGCCCUUCGCCUGCCCGGAGUGCGGCCAGCGCUUCAGCCAGCGACUCAAGCUCACGCGCCACCAGAGGACCCACACGGGCGAGAAGCCCUACCACUGCGGGGAGUGCGGCGUCGGCUUUACGCAGGUGUCCCGCCUCACCGAGCACCAGCGCAUCCACACCGGUGAGCGGCCCUUCGCCUGCCCCGAGUGCGGCCAGAGCUUCAGGCAGCACGCCAACCUCACCCAGCACCGGCGCAUCCACACGGGCGAGCGGCCCUACGCGUGCCCCGAGUGUGGCAAGGCUUUCCGCCAACGGCCCACGCUCACCCAGCACCUGCGCACCCACCGACGCGAAAAGCCCUUCACCUGCCAGGACUGCGGCCGCCGCUUCCACCAGAGCACCAAGCUCAUUCAGCACCAGCGCGUGCACAGCACCGAGUAGGUCAAAACACUUCACAGGGUUGUUGUUGUGAGGCUGGCAUUUGCCCACCCGGCCCGCCUAGGGUCUGGUCUUCAGUAGGUGCUCAAUAAAUAGAUGA